AUGACUGACGCAUCUGGGGAACCUUCAAAAAGCAAAAUAAAAAAGUCAGCUAAUACGGCUGAUUUGUCUGACGAUACUAACUCACUUUCUACUCCCGAAAAGUCUUUAUCACCUGGACAACUCCCGAACGGUAUUGAUGAGAAACUUUUAAAGCAACUUACAAACGUCAUGUUGGUCUCUGGAUCCGGGGGUUCUGGUGGCGUGGUGGAAAAGAAGUCUAAAAGUGACUUUCGAUUCUGGAGGACACAGCCGGUUCCUGACCUCACUGAAGAAAUUACUGACAAUGGUCCGAUUGAACCAGAUUCAAAACAUGAAGAUAUUCGUUCACAGCCGUAUACGUUACCUGAAGGGUUUUAUUGGUGUGAAGUUUCUUUGGACGAUGAAACUGAGCUACAAGAAUUGUACGAUCUCUUGUAUGAAAAUUAUGUCGAAGACGAUGAUCAUCUCUUCAGAUUCGAUUAUUCCAAAAGUUUUUUGCAGUGGAUCCUAAAGUCACCUGGUUGGCAUAAAGAUUGGCAUGUUGGACUUCGUGUAGCCAAAAGUAAAAAGCUGGUUGGAUUCAUAGCAGCUAUUCCAUGCCAUCUACAGAUAUAUGAUAAAGAAAAACAGCUGGUUGAAGUCAACUAUCUUUGUGUCCACAAAAAAUUACGUUCUAAACGUAUGGCACCAGUACUGAUUCGAGAAGUAACCCGUCGAGUUCAUCUACGUGGGAGGUUUCAGGCUUUGUUUACAAGUGGAACUUUGCUUCCAAAACCAGUUAGUAAAUGCCGAUAUUGGCAUCGCCCUCUCAAUCCACGUAAACUUCUUGAUUGUGGAUUUUCACAUCUCACUCACAAUAUGACUCUUCAACGAACAAUUAAACUAUAUAGAUUACCCGAAGCUCCUCUUGUCAAAGGUUUCCGUCAAAUGACCAAAAAAGAUGUCCCCAAAGCUUGGCCUCUAUUAUCUGAGUACUUGGGAAAAUUUAAGAUUCACCCAAUUUUUACUAAAGAAGAAUUUCAGCAUUUCUUUGUUCCUCGAGAUGAUGUUGUGUAUUCUUUCAUAGUUGAGAAUGAAGAUGGGAAGAUCACAGACUUCUGUUCAUUCUAUGUCCUUCCCAGUUCAGUCAUGAAAAACAAACAACACAAUAGUCUUCGCGCAGCUUACUCGUUUUACAAUGUUUCUACAGUAACACCAUGGCCUGCUUUAAUUCAAGAUAUGUUAAUUUCAGCCAAACAAUUAAAAUUUGAUGUAUUCAAUGCGUUGGAUUUAAUGGAAAAUAGCAAAUUCUUGGAAGAAUUAAAAUUUGGCAUUGGAGAUGGAGAUUUACAUUAUUAUUUGUACAACUGGCGUUGUCCAUUCGCUAAACCCUCUGAGAUUGGAAUAGUAUUACAAUAA